GAUUAGGUCAGUUCGCUGUGGAGAGAUGAUGGUUACACUCAGAGUUCAGCCCCGAGGAGUUAUGAUGGGAAUUGUGCUGGAAUGUUACCGGAAUGUUGUUGCUGGUGACUGAGUGAGGACUACCUGUGCUGGAUUUCCGAGGAUGGGCCAGAUUCAGAGUGACAGUGAUGAGGAAGUGGAUCUGGCUCAGAUUCAGACUCUCUACACAGUCUUCAUGAGGGAGUGUCCGAGCGGAGCGCUGCACCUCCACGAAUUCCGCAAGAUCUUCGGCGUGCAAAGCACCUCUGAGGAGGAGGCACUUUAUAUAGAGUCCAUAUUCAAAUCAUUCGACCGCAACAAGGACAAUGUAUUAGACUUCAUGGAGUUUGUGGCAGCUGUGCAUCUGGUGCUCAGAGGGAAACUGGAGGACAGACUCAGAUGGUCCUUUAAAGUCUACGACAGAGACGAGGACGGGAAGUUAGACAAGGACGAAGUCAGGCACAUUAUUACAAUCAUUUGUAAAAUUAAGAAAUUGAACACAGACAUGACACCCAGCGACGUGUGUGACAGGAUCUUCGAACUGGUGUAUCAAAAUAAAGACGGUACGUGUCAGAUAUCGCUGUCCGAGUUCAUUGAGGGGGCUCAGAAGGACCCCUGGAUCAUGGACCUGCUCAAACUAGACGUGGACGCCAGCGGCUGGUUCAGAGAGAAGUGGAAAAAAAAGACAUGAUGUCAGGACAUCUGAUUUGCCCGGAGAUCACUUUGAAAGACGUCAGGGGGCAGUCAGGUGAGGGAGUCCAGAUGCUCCUGUUUGUGGGACCGGACAUGAUGUACCACACCUGCCUGCUGCGUACUGCUGACGUGAAGCCAAGCAGCCUGCCCAGCAUGAGGUGCUGGCACUGAAAAGGUGAUACAGUUACCUUGAAUAAACCUGCUGGACGUAGACCACAGCUGGAUUAAAGCGACUGUUAUGUGCUGCACCAUGACAUCACAAGGAGCACUGACUCAUUAACAAAACAGCUUAAACGUGUUUCUAAACCUGAUGAACGGUAAGGGUCCACAUGUGUGUCCACAUCACUGCACAACUUAAUUCAUUACUGAAUAAGAGGCCUUAACAAUAAAAAUGAGGCCCUUUAAGGGCUUCGGUGUUUUUUCAAUCUAAUCUGUAUCAGAUGAAUCUGCAGGAUAAUGGACAAUGAUUAUUGCAAGAACAGAAAACCCAUUGACUUAAAACAUGCUUAUAACUGAAGUCAAUGGACAGUUGUUCAAGUGCCACAUCAACUCCAUGCAGUUUCAAUCUAGUCACAAUCAGUUUCAGUUCAGCCACUUGAAAGGAGAGUCACAAUGCAAAUGAAACUUUUCAAGAAAU